AUGAUGUUGGAGAAUAUGUUGAUAAUUGAAGAAGAGAAAAUGGAAAUAUUUAUUUAAGGAUUAAGAAAUGUAUUAAUUUUUUACUUUUUCUUGUGUAGAGAGGAAGUUGAAAUUAUAAUAAAAAUGGAAUAAAAAAUGAUAAUUGGAUUGAGUUGAGUAAAUCUUUUAGAAGUAAAUUUGAUAUAUAAAGACAUAAAUAAGUGAUAAAUAAGUCACUUAUAAUGGAAAAUAUAGAAAUGGUAAAAAAAUUGGUAUGUGGGUUUAAUGUUUGAGGUAGAAUGGCUAUUAAUCAUUUCAAGAGAUGUAUGGUUUAUAAAUAGUUAUUAUUUAGUGGAGAGGUAAUGAAUGAUUAUGAUUGAUGUAUUAGAAAUAAGUAAGUCAAAUUUAAUGGAUAAUAUUAAAAUGGUUAUAAAAUUGGUAUAUGGAAUAUAUCGAGUAGUGAGUAUUCUUAAGAUUUAUGUAAAUAAAUGUAAUAAGAAAUAUCUAUACUAAUUUUAGUGGUAUUGGAUGGUAUGAUGAAAGAGGAUCUAAACAUGGAAAAUGGGUUGAAUUGGAUGAAAAUUCUGCUCGGUAUAAAAUGAUUAAUCUUUAUUUAAAUAGUGAAAGUUAAAUCACCUAUUAAGGUGAAUAUAAUAAUGGAUAAAAAGUUGGUUUAUGGAAUUUAUAUUGGAGUGAUUUGAUAAAAAAUAAGAAUUGA